AUGGAUUUGCAAACACACUUGACAUUACAGCCAUUCUUCAAAAAGCAUUUGAGUUUGCUGACGCUUUUUCCAGUCGAGCAUGGAGAAGAAAUUCAUGUUCAAGUGGCUCUUUUUUUUCGAAGAAGCUCUCAGCACUUCUUCAACGGCAUGAUUUUCCCAUUUUCAUUUACGCCUUCAUUCUUCAUGCUCACAAUCGUCUAUGGUGCAAUUUUGAGAAUCGAUUUUCAACAAGCACAAAACAUUAUUUAA